AUGGGCUUCACAGAGAUGUUUGACGGUGCCAUCGGCAUUGAUCUCGGCACAACGUACUCGUGCGCCGCCGUCUUCGUGCGCGGGCAGGUGGAGGUGAUUCCAAACGACAUGGGCAACCGCACCACACCGUCAUGCGUGGCCUUCCACAACGACGACGUGCUCGUCGGCGACGCUGCUAAGGCGCUGCUCGGCCGCGGCGUCUCUGGCGCCAUCUUCGAUGCGAAGCGCAUGGUUGGCCACCACUUCAGUGACAAGAGUGUUCAAGAGGACCGCACCCGCUGGCCCUUCUCCAUCUCAGAGGGUGACAAGGGUAGCAUUCAGAUCAACGUGACUCACAGGGGCGAAGCGCUGCAGCUCGCACCGGAGCAAGUCUCUGCCAAGGUGUUAGCCUACUUGAAGGAGUGUGCAGAGCGCUACUUGGGCAAGCAGGUGAGGAAGGCGGUCAUCACGGUACCGGCGUACUUCAACGAUGCGCAGCGCGAACGUACCAAGGCGGCGGCGACGAUUGCUGGGUUGGAGGUGUUGCGCAUCAUCAAUGAGCCAACAGCGGCGGCGCUGUGCUACGGCCUUGGCAUUGGCAGCGGCACAGAGCAGCAGCAAGGUGAGGACAGACCUCACAACGUCGUCGUCUUCGACUUUGGCGGUGGCACCUUUGAUGUGUCCAUUAUCGUCAUCGAUAGCGGAAGCUUUGCAGUUCAGGCGACUGCUGGCGACACCCACCUGGGCGGGCAGGACAUCGACUCGAACCUUCUCCAGUACGUACUGGACGAUGUGCAGUCGCGAUACAACAUCAGUAUUGCUGAGCAGCCGCGUCUGCUGGCGAAGGCUCGCACAGCGUGCGAGCGGGUGAAGCGGGUUCUAUCACAGUCAACAACUGAGGAACUGGCUCUGGAUGGUGUGUUGCCAAGCGGCGAGGAGUAUACGCUGCCGGUCUCGCGUGCGAAGCUAGAGGAGCUGAACGCGUCUGUGUUUCAGCAGUGCAUGGCGGUGGUGAAGCGUGCGCUGAAGGAUGCAUCCAUGAAGGUGGAGGACAUCGAUGAGGUUGUGCUCGUCGGCGGCAGCUCGCGCAUCCCGAAGCUGAACGACAUGCUCCGCACCUUUUUCAAGAAGGAACGACUGUGCAACUCAGUGCACCCGGAUGAGGCGGUGGCCAUCGGUGCCGCAGUGCAGGCUAGCAUCCUUAGCAACUCGCUUGAGCAGCAGUCGGAGAAGACGGCCAGUGUGGUGCUCAUGGACGUGGUGCCGCUGAGCAUCGGCGUAGAGGUCGACGAUGGCAAGUUUGACAUCGUCGUCCCUCGCAAUACGACUAUCCCAUACAAGGCGACGAAGGAGUACAGCACAGUCGAAGACUACCAGCAAGACGUCGACGUGUGCGUGUACGAAGGCGAAAGGCCGUUGACAAAGCACAACCACAAGCUGGGCGAGUUCACACUCGAGGGCAUCACCCGUGCCAAGAAGGGCAAGCCCACCAUCACAGUCACCUUCUCCAUCGACGCGGACGGCCUCCUUACCAUCACCGGCACGGAGGAACUGGCCAACAAGAGACAAACGCUCGUUGUGCAGAACGUUGAUCGCCUCUCCGAGGCGCAGGUCAAAGAAAUGAUCGACAUGUCGAAGAAGUUGUCCAAGGAGGAUGCUGUGGACGAUGCCAGAGAAGCAGCACGACGGAAGGUGAAGGGCGCACUGGAGACUCUUUCCACUGUCAUCGCCGCGAUGCCGCAGCCGCCGUCGUCCCAUCUGCAGAAGCGCCUUGAUGCCUUUACUUCACACGCACGUGACUGGAUGGCGCGGCUGCUACCCUCCUACUCAACCGCAGCUGAGGUGGAGGAAAAGGCCAAUAAGAUCUCUAAACUCGCCAAGAAGGCGAUAAAGAAAGUGGAGAAGAUGGCGCGCAGUGAUGAACCAGUCUCGAAGCGCCAUCGCGACGAGGGAGGUGACGACGAGUCCUUCAGCGACAGCGACGCGGAGAACGAAGCGGGCAAGUGA